AUGCUGGUGCCCAGGUGGCCUGCUUUCUUGUGCUUCCUGGUCGUGUGGCUGGAGUUCUGUAGAGGGGAGCCGGCCGAGCGCGGAGGGGCGGAGAAGGCGCCCACGGAGGGAGUCCCCCUGGCGCCAGAGGCAGAGGACCAGGGCUGCCCGGUGUGCAUGUGGCGGAAGCACAGCAAGGAGAUGAGGCUGGAGAGCAUCAAAUCGCAGAUCCUCAGCAAGCUGCGGCUCAAGGAGGCGCCCAACAUCACCCGCGAGGUGGUGAACCAGUUGUUGCCCAAAGCCCCCCCGCUGCAGCAGAUCUUGGACUUGCACGACUUCCAGGGGGACUCUUUCCAGCACGACGACUACCUGGAGGAAGACGAGUACCACGCCACCACGGAGACUGUCAUCAGCAUGGCCCAAGAAACGGACCCUGUUGUGCAGAUUGAAGGCAACCCCCACUGUUGUUUCUUCAACUUCAGCCCCAAGAUUAUGUUCACCAAGGUGGUAAAAGCACAGCUGUGGGUGUAUCUGCGGCCUGUUCAGCACACCUCCACAGUGUACCUACAGAUCCUGCGCCUCAAGCCAGUGACGGAGGAUGGCAGCCGCCACAUCCGUAUCCGCUCACUCAAGAUUGACCUGAACUCCCGCAUUGGUCACUGGCAGAGCAUUGACUUCAAACAUGUGCUGCAGAACUGGUUCAAGCAGCCACAGAACAACUGGGGGAUUGAGAUCAAUGCUUUCGAUCCAAACGGGAAUGACCUGGCUGUCACCUCACUUGGUCCUGGUGCUGAAGGUCUGCACCCCUUCAUGGAGCUGCGUGUGCUAGAGAACAACAAACGGUCCCGUCGGAAUCUGGGCCUAGACUGUGAUGAGCACUCAACUGAGUCACGGUGCUGCCGUUAUCCACUGACCGUUGACUUUGAGGCAUUCGGCUGGGAUUGGAUUAUCGCCCCCAAGCGGUACAAAGCCAACUACUGUUCAGGCCAGUGUGAAUAUAUGUUCAUGCAGAAAUAUCCCCACACCCAUCUGGUGCAGCAGGCCAAUCCCCGGGGUUCAGCAGGGCCUUGCUGUACACCCACUAAGAUGUCCCCUAUCAACAUGCUGUACUUCAAUGAUAAACAGCAGAUCAUCUAUGGCAAAAUCCCUGGCAUGGUUGUUGACAGGUGUGGAUGCUCUUAAACCCCCUACCUGUCCUGUCACUCCCUUUUCCUGAUCCCCCUGGAUUCCUGCUUCAAUGAUGCACCCUGACACUGAUGAAUCCAUUCCUUAGCAUUUUAAAACAUUUUUGAAGAGGAAAUAAUUGUGAGAAAAGAACAAGAGGAAUAGAAUUUGUAUUGAAAAUCUCUGAAGUGACAUCAUGCACUGUGCAAUAAUCAAAACAGACGUCACAUUACUGGAGAGAGGAUGAGUUGGCUUGGAUCAAUACUUUCCUCCCUGAGGUAGAUCUGAAACGAGCAUUCUUUUCUUCCUCUCCAAAACCCUUUGUUUGACCCAUCACUGCUCAAGCUUUAUUUUUACUGGCGUUCUCUCUUUCUCCCCCCACCCUCUUUCUCUUUUGAACUGGGAGCAAAAAUAGUUAUAUGGUUAAAAGAAGUUCAUCAGAAAGAGAGAGACUUUCAACCCGUUUACAAACAGUGAAAGCUUCCUAGAUUGUGAUUGUUAAGUUAAAUAAAAUGUUGUAUGGAGCUAUAGAGAUAAGAGGAGAAAAAGAGGUAAAUAUUUUGUAUUAAGAUGAAGAAAGGAGAAGGGAACCAGCCAGCUUGGGGGACAUUUGGUAUUUUGCUUUGAGGUUUUAUGGGGGAGGGAGUGUAUGGUGUGGGAAUUUAGGGUUGCUGAACCUGCCUGCCUUUUGAGAGACAGAAUCCCCGAAGAGACAGGAAACUCCAAAGAAACUGAAAAUGGGAUCAACUUGGAAUGCCUCUGUGUGCUGCAUGGUUGCAAGAGCUGGUAUUGGAAUGGAGCCAUAUCUGAGACUUAGAAGGGUCUUGAGGAGCUGUCUUAUUGGAGGGGAAAUUCUUACUUAUAGUUCCCUUGGGCACAAGUCCAGCCUUUUCGUUUCAGUGCCACAUAUCUGCACUCAGUGAUUCUACAACUCCUGUAGAAUAUAAACCCAGCUCAAUUAAUUCAAACUUGUCCUUAGCUUCACAUGGGGUCCAGCAUGAAUGCAUCUUGGCAGUAAAGGACCAUGUGGGAGAGUUUUGUGCAUGUCAGGACAAAAGUCUCAGUUCUG